CUCCCUUCGCCAUUUCCCUUUCUUCCUCUCUCUGCUUCUUCAAUUCAUCUUCUUUCUGUUCCCAACUCGGCGGCCAAACCAUAAUGUCUUCCUCGCUAAAACCAUCAACUAUCGCCGCGAUCAGCGUCGGCACUGUCGUCACCGGCUUCGUCGCAUACGCCAUCUACUUUGACCACCGGCGGCGCACCGAUCCCGAGUUCCGCAAACAAUUGAAGCGCGAAUCGAAGCGGCAAGCGCGCGCCGCGAAGGAGGAGGCUGAGGCGCAGGGCAAGGAGCAGAAGAAAGCCAUCCGGGAGGCUGUAGCGCGCGCGAACGAGGACGGCUUCCCCAAGGAUCCCGAGGAGGUUGAGGCAUACUUCAUGCAGGAAGUUGCGCAGGGAGAGGGCAUGGUCCAGUCGGGCGCCGAUUCGAUAGAGGCCGCGCUGUGCUUCUACCGCGCAUUGAAGGUCUACCCGAACCCGAGAGAGCUGAUUAACAUCUACGACAAGACCGUGCCCAAGCCCGUCCUCGAUAUCCUCGCCGAGAUGAUAGCCGUCGACACUAGCAUUCCCGUUGGCGGCAGCAAGGCACCGUCGGAAGCUGGUUCAGCUGGCGGAAUUGAGUAGGAUGCUGCUCUGCAGCAAUAUUCGAUCUAGGACCCCUCUCUACGCACGGUCGCAGCUCAUUGUAAUAUUCUUGUACAUGUAAAAGUAUCGCGUGCUAUUGGUCUGGUCGAGUUGCUGGCCGGCGUUUUGGGAUGGCAUGAUACGCGGUAUCGACGGGUGGUAUAGAUGGCGAUCUGAAUGACGAUACCAUAUCCGGACCGAAGCGUGAGUCGGGGGCCGCUCAUCCCUCACAAGCACAGCGUGGAGGCAGUGUACAGUCAUGAAGCGCUCGAAUGCUUGGUAUACUACAAAUUACAACUGCCAGGUCUCCC